UUUUAUUCAACUUAUAUCUCAGUCUUAAAAUCUCUCUAUUUCUCCGCUACUUGCUAGCCAGUGAGAGUUCGAGUUUUAAAUGGUUGCGUGAAGCAGAAGCUUGGGAUAUUCGUGUUUUCUCGGAGAUUUCUAAGUUUUCUCGAAAUGGGGAAGAAAGAGCAGAAGGAUCAGAAAGAAGACGCAAAGGUUGAAGCUGUUCUGAAGCUUCUCAGACUACAAGCCCCACUUACAGUAAAGCAGGAGAAGUUCUGCAACAAGGCUUGCGUAGAACGGUUUCUUAUAGCCAAGGGGGAUAGCGUGAAGAAGGCUGCGAAGAACUUGAGGGCUUGCCUUUCUUGGAGAGAGAGUAUUGGCACCGAGCAUUUGAUAGCAGACGAGUUCUCGGCCGAGCUCAGCGACGGCAUUGCUUAUGUGGCCGGUCACGAUGAAGAGAACAGACCCAUUUUGAUUUUCCGGAUCAAGCAAGAUUACCAAAAAUUCCAUUCGCAGAAAGUGUUUACUCGUUUGCUUGUGUUUACACUGGAGGUGGCUAUUCAAACCAUGCCAAAAAACGUCGAGCACUUCGUUCUUCUUUUCGACGCAAGCUAUUUCAGGUCUGCAUCAGCUUUUAUGAAUUUAUUUCUGACAACGCUGAAAAUGGUGGCGGAGUACUACCCGGGCCGGCUACACAAGGCUUUUGUCAUUGACCCUCCGUCUCUAUUCUCUUAUCUAUGGAAGGGUGUUCGACCGUUCGUUGAGCUAUCAACGGCCACGAUUGUGGUAUCCUCACUAGAUUUUGAAGAAUCGUUGGACUUCAACGAUUUCACUAGCUACCCACGAGCUUCGUCCCUCCGAUUUGACCCUUCGUCGUUGAAAUCGACGGCCAAGAUCGGCUCAUGCUCAUCCUCACGCUUCUCGUUCACGGUCUCGCACCACCUUGACUCGCUUAAACCGUGGUAUCUGAGCUUAGCCGACACGUCGGCUUCCAAAGUAGGACCCACCACCACCCAGUACUCUUCUCUAGGCCCCGCACUCAUCUCCCCGCUCAACGCCCGGUCCCUCUCUUUCGCAUCACCAGCUGCUAGAACUACACCUGGAAGCAUCUACGGUGGUAGCUACACUAAGCCAACGAGGAAGUCCCUGUUCCCUUCGACCCCGUUGCCACAGCGUAGUACCGGCGAUGAACGUAGCAAAAUGUUCCACCCCCGAACCCCACGGCCCUCGUUCCUCCAAUCACCGGCCAUGUUUUUCCGCAGGGAGUGCCACGUCAGCCGGGGCGACAGGUCCCGGGAGUCGUUCCUACCGUUUUUAAAGUUCUACAGGAGGCCAUACGAUGAGAUGAUUUACAGGUCAAAGAUGAGGCCCCCACUUGGUGGACUAAUCUCCAUCGUCUCUCCCCAUAUCAGACGCCGCCACGAGUCCGUAUCACAACGGUUCUGAUAUAAUUCAGUAACCCAAGAAGAGAGAGUACAUAGUGGAUUAACAAUCUCAAUGACACUAGUGCUAAUAAUUGAUUAAUUAUUUCUGAGCUCAGUUUCGAGAGACGAUGAAAAAUAAAACACAGAGAGAGAGAGAAGAAAUCGCAGAGACGUGCGAGGCGGGGUGUGAGAAAGUGUGCAUUAUGUCCAAGUAAGAGGUUUGUGGAGUUUACGACGUCUACAAGUUUUAGGGUUUGGAGGGGCGCAAAGCCGUCAUGCAUGGGACAAGAAACGUACCGUGGUCGAGACGGCGAACAUUUUGCUUUUGAAAUCAUAUGGUGGGAAAGAGAUCUAAGUACUGUAUGCAUGUACUAGCUAGAAAAUUAAACCAAAGCGUUGAAAAAAGAAAGCAUAUCUCUUUUCCGACUCAAAUCUGAUAUUUUAUACUCUUAUUUUUUAGUCGUUUUGAAAAAUGAGAGUUUUUUUAUUAAUA